AUGGAUGAUACUAUACUAUCAAGGUCAACUAGUCAAGGAUCAAUUGAUGAAUUGGUUGCAGCAGUUGAUAGUCUAAGAGAAACACAACAAUUAAGUUUAGAAAUAUUAAAAGAAAAGUUUCAAGACUUUAUAUCGACAUUGAAUAUCGAUCAAGAUACAAGUGCAACUGCAUGGGCACUCAUUGAAGAUUUAAAAUUAUCAUCAGAUAUAAAUGCUUCAGAUCAAAAACAUUAUAUUGCAUGCUCAUUAUUUGUAGCUGGAAAUAUAAAGUUUAAUGUAUUAUUGAAAAACUAUUAUAGAAACCCAAAGGAUUCAUCAACACCAAAACAAUCAUUCAAUUCAGUUUACCUAUCUCAAUUAUUAAAAUUAACAAAUAUCAAGUUAAAAGAAUUUUUUGAAGUACCAUUACCAAGAUUUAUAGCAUGGAUGGGAUUGGGAAAAGCGGUAGAGGAACAAUUUAAAAAUUUGGAACAAUCAUUUGUUAUUAUGAAUAUAUUGUAUAGAAAGUAUGAAGAGUUGUACUCUUUGUUGUUCCAUUUCGAUAGCAAGGAACCAAAGGAACUAUUGGCAAUUGGAUGGUUCAUCUACUUGUAUUGCAAGAGUAGAUUGUUUGUCAAUCAAGUACCCGAUCUCAUGAAAUCAAUCAACCUAUUAUUAUGUAGUCUUGACUUUAUCUAUAUCCAUUCACCAGAUUCAUUUAAAAGAUCAACAACGAUGCUUCCAAUUGAAAAUGAUUCAAUCCUACCUUUUCUAACUAAAAAGGUUGGUUCAAAUAUUAAAGAUUUGGAUGAAAAAACAUUUUCGAUUUAUAUUGAAAUGAUGAAAAAAUCAAAUAUAUUAAAAUAUACAAAUAAUAUGAAUAAUAUGAAUAAUAAUAAUCAUAAUGAAUCAUUUUUCAAUUCAACAUUAUUAAUGACAAAUUAUAACAAUUUAAACAAAAAUUAUGAACAACAAUAUUAUUCAAGUGGAGAUAUUGAUGAAAGAAUGUUUUUAUUUGACAAGGAAAUCAUUGGAACUCCAUUCAAGGCAAAUCAUCAUUUUACAUCAAUAUCAACUCCAACUUCUAAAUUUAGAGAUUAUAAUAAUAACAACAUAAAUAAUACUAAUAAUACUAAUAAUAAUAAUCAAUAUGGAGGAGGUCAUUUAACACCUGUUAAACAACAAAUGAAAUUAAAUCCUCCACAAACACCAAUUAGUUCAAGUUUAUCAAUGAUUGAAUGGAUUAAAAAAUCGAUUCAAAACUAUCAAGCUGAACCAAGUCAAGAUUUAAAGGAUCUUGUCAAAGAUUGUGGUGAAGAAAACGUUCAAUUUAUUCAAACAAUGGCUUGUGAUGCGUUAAAUUUGGCUCAACCAUUUCUAUCUCAACAAGUUGGUUCCUCAGGAGGAAUUGAAAAGGAAAACAAAAGAUCAAUUUAUGGUAUUAAAUUAUAUUAUUAUUUAUUGGAAAAGAUUUUAAAUAUUGAAAAGGCUAGAAUUGGUUCAAAUUCACCAACAUUUAAAAAUUUUAUAAUGCAUGGAGAAUUUCAUAAAUCAUUAUUGAUUACAUGUUUUGAAAUUGUGGCGCAUGCCUAUAAAUUGGUUAGUGUUGAAUUUCCCUUUUUUGUCAAACUUUUCAAUGUCCAUCCAUUUUCAUAUUGUCGAAUCAUUGAUAAUAUAAUUAAAAUCGAUGGAGCCUUUCCAACAAACUUGAUCAAUCAUUUUUCAAAGAUUGAUGACCAGAUUAUAGAAAAAUAUGCUUGGUCCACUGGUUCUCCCAUUUUCCCAUUAUUUGAAAAAUCUCGUGAUCAAUUACCUCCAAUCAAUAAUCAUCAAACUAAUAAUAAUAUAAAUAAUAAUAAUCAUCUAACUCAAGUAUUUUCAACUCCUGUCAAAAAUAAUAAUAACAAUAAUAAUAAUAAUAAUAACAAACCACUAAUGACAAAUCAAGUUUUAUCUUCUCCUUCUAAAAAUAAUCAACCAAAUAACAAUAACAAUAACCCUUCAAAAUUAUUUAUUACUAUAUAUAAAAAAAUACAACAAUAUCUAAGUACAAAAUGUAAAAAGUUUUGUUCAAUAUUAAAUUUACCAAAGGAAAUGAUACAACAUAUUAUAACGGCGUCGAUGGCAAUAGUGACAGAGCUUACGAGUUUGUUGAAUAAUCGAACGUUGGAGAUUAUUGUGAUAUGUAGUAUCUAUGCACUGUGUAAAUUAAAUCAACAUACGAUAUCAUUUAAAAACAUUAUAGAAAAUACUGGUACGCCACAAGUCUAUUACAAAGAGGUGAUUUUGACCAAUAAUACACCUGGUGACAUUGUUGCAUUUUACAACAAAAUAUUCUUACCUUUGGCAGAUCCCAUUAUUCAAAGAUUUAAAAAUACCCCAAGUCGAUUAAUGGCUAAUCUUCAUCAACAUCAACAACAACAACAACACCAACAACAAUAUCACUCUACACCAACUAAAAUUAUAAUGUCUCCAAGUAAACCAUUGAUACCUACUCAUUUUACUAUAUCUCCAAUGUCUCUAAAUCGUCAAUCAAGUAAUUCUUCUUUAUUAUCUCAACAACAACAACAACAACCACAACAAUUACAAUCAAAUUUAUCACAACAACAUGGUGUAUUUCAACCAUUACAACCAUCACCAUCACCAUCUCAACAACAACAACCAUUACAACCACCAUUUAAUGAUCAAGGUACUCCAACUAAAUUGGCAGGGUCUUUUAGUAUUGGUAAAACUCCUUCUAAAGAAUUAAAAUCAAUCAAUAUGAAUAUUGCACCAAAAUCAACCAUUAAACUACCUCCACAAUCACCAUCAUCAUCAUCUCUACAAACGAGUAGUAGUAAUAGUAAUAGUAGUACCUCAUCAUCCUCUUUAUCAUCCAGUACUUCAUCUUCAACUACUCCAUCUUCACCACUUGGAAAUGAUCAAUUUGAUCCAAAUAAUAAUAAUAAUAGUAAUAGUAAUAGUAGUAGUAGUACUUCUUCUUUAUCAACGACGACAACAGGUAAAACAAAAGGUAAAAGAUUAUUCUUUGAUAAUAAUAAUCAAAAUCAAAAUAAUGGUAAUGGAAAUGGUAGUAGUAAUACCAGUUAUAUAGAUAUUCUUAAUGGUGAUAAUAAUAAUAAUAAUAAUUCAAUAUCAUCAUCAUCUUUUCAACCUAAUGAACUUGAACCUCCACUUAAAAAAUAA